CUUCCAAACACAAAUCGAAAGAACCGAGCAAUUUCAAUCUCAAUCACCAUUUUAACAUCUACCAAUUGAAAGAGAAACAAGCAAAAGCACACCAAAAUGGCCACCAAAACCCCCAUCUCAACUGACAAGGCCCCCAAGGCCCUUCCCGGAAUCUAUUCCCAAGCCAUUGUCUCCAACGGGGUCGUCUACUGCUCUGGCGCUGUGGCUAUGGACGCAGAGACAGGCAAGAUCAUUGAUGGCGAUAUCAAAGCGCACACACACCAAUGCAUCAAAAACCUCGGAAACGUUCUCGAAGCCGCCGGUAGCGAUCUCACCAAGGUACUCAAGGUGAAUGUAUUCUUGUCGAAUAUGGAUGACUUUGCCGACAUGAAUUCCGUCUAUAUGCAAUACUGGGGGGAUGUUAAGCCUUGUCGGACAUGCGUGGCGGUUAAGACUUUGCCCCUGAAUACAGACGUCGAGAUCGAGUGCAUUGCUCAUCAGUAGGAGGGUAAGUAUAUCUGGUGAUAAAGAGUGCAUGGUUGGAGAAACAGAAAUCCAUUUUGCAUGUCUCCAGGUUGUUGAUUGUUGACUGAGAACCACAAAGAUAUAUCAUAUGUAUAUAAAAUUUACAGAGAACGAGUUCGAGGACUGUGAUUUUGUUGUUAGGGAAGUGAAGUACCCUGAGAUCGAUGUGAGCAAAGCUCCACUCCACAUGAGUCAGACCAGAAUAAUCGAGAAGAAAAUCACUGCUCAAUAAUCCCCGAAAAACUUUUGGCGAAUUCGUUCCAUUGCUAGUUCGUCCGGCAUAGGGGUGAUAAACUUAUCGAUUUCAUUGAUCCAAAAGGAGUUUUGGGGGUUGACUUGGCAAGCUGUAGUAUAUUCCCAGUAUGAUGGAUACCAGCCGGCAGUUUCCUAGUCAAUAAUUCCAACAAUAGUGUCGCCGCGGGCCAGAAUGUUGAGGCUACUAAGAUCGCCAUGGGUAAAUUUAAUAGGGAAAGAUCUAUCAUGUUGUCUGAUCAGUUCCUGUAUGGCGGGAUCAAGUCCCGGGUCAAAGUCCAUGCCACCUCGCAAAUGUCGGUGGAAUUCUUGGACACCUGGGAAAAGGCCCAAAGCGUAGGGAAGUGCCCGGCAGGCGGCCAUCAAAGAGAGUCCCG